AUGUCAGGCGAGCACCCAGCCGCCGCCCUCGUCGACUCGCUCACCCCAGCAGCGACGACGCCGUCGAAAGAACGCAAGCGGCCGCUGCGAACCUACAGUCGGCGGCCUGUCCAGGCGAGGGAGCAAGCCCGGGAAUACUCGCCAAAUGAACCGACGAAGAGCGAAACGGACACUCGUGACGCAGCGCUCGCAGACUCAUCGCGGCUUCCGGCGCUUUCCAGCCAGGACAAAAACCGAGGACAACCGCCGAGUCGCGGCUCGAUCCUGGCCUAUUUCAAGCCUCUGCCCCCAAGCUCCGACAAGGCGCCAUCCGGUGCGGCCUCCUCCGACCCAGCAGAGCUCCCACCAUCAUCGCCAGCCUCGUCAUCUACGUCGCCCUCUACGAGACCCAGAAAGCGGAGGAGGCUCACGACCCGGCCCCUCCUCAGCGAACCGGGCCAAUACUCCACGGGCGCGGCGGCGGAUGAGACAGGUGUGCCGCCAGAAUGCUGUCCGAUGACGAAGGACGCCAGCAUAGUUGUUGUACCCAGCAAGGAAUGUGGGACCCUGCGUUCAGCUUUGAGCGAGGUAGCCGUUAAUAGGCGGGAUCACCCCGGCGCAGGCCCCGGCGGCGCAUUGGCAAACGGGAGCGCGGGAAGCAAGAAACGGGCCGGGAAACGGGCAGCCAAAGACAUGACGCAGACGACAUUGAGCCUCUCGGUCCAAAAAGAACCAGGGUUCACCAUGUGUGGAGUUUGCGACAUCUUGUACAACCCUUUGAACGAGAAGGACCGGCGGGAGCAUAACCGGCGACAUGCGGCACGGUGCCGGAUUCGGCAGAAGGCGGCGGGACGAUGA